CGGCUAGUUUUUUUUUGACGCACGAAACGCAGGGCCUAUGGCAUGGGACUUCCGUUCGAUGAAACAGGAACAGGAAGUUCCUCGCGACCCCGACGACGAGGCGAAAUAAAAACAUCCUGUAUGGCGAUGCGUACAUUUCGAGAGAUAGACGCACCACGUGCACGUGGCGCGAAUUGGACGCGCGAUUCCUCGUGCGUUCCUCGCCGCUCGAGCUCGUUAUUUUUAUGGCCCACUUUCGGAUUCCGGUGACCCAAGGUCGAACAGCGACGUGACUAACGCCCGAAAAUGAGUCGAAUCGUCCGGAGCGAAUUCGCGGCAUUACUGUCAUCGUUAUGGAUAAUUGUUUAAUUUCAGAGCUCGUUUGCACGAAGGAGACUGAGCUUGACACGCAAGAAUGCAAUCUAUGCAAGAAAGCAUAUGUGCUAACGAUAUCGAGAGUCUGGACACAGACACUGUCAUCCCAGUUGAACUAUUCGAUUGCAAUGUUUCUACUCAUUCGAGGACCCAAGAUGCAUCGACGAUGGUGGAACUUGGAAAACAGCUUCUACAUAGCGCAAAGAAUGGAGACACCGACACUGUUCGUGAGCUUAUGUGUAGAGGUGCACCAUUUACUACAGAUUGGCUUGGUACAAGUGCGCUUCACUUAGCUGCGCAGAACAAUCAUAUAGAGACUGCUGAUGUUUUACUUAGAGCAGGAAUAUCGAGAGAUGCUAGGACAAAAGUUGAUAGAACUCCGUUACAUAUGGCAGCAUACGAGGGCCAUAAUCAAAUGGUACAAUUGUUGCUUAACUAUGGAGCUGACGUUGAUAGCAGAGAUAUGCUAAAAAUGACUCCACUACAUUGGGCGGUAGAACGUGAACAUUUAGAUGUAAUGCAUAUUUUAUUAGAUCAUGGAGCUGAUACAAAUGCAACUAGUAAAUUCCAUAAAACUCCGAUCAGUCUUGCAUUAGAGAAUGAUAGGUUAGACUUAGUGGAUACAAUGCAACAGCAAAGAGAAAUAAUAGGUAUCCAAACUAAUCAACAGAGUCAGACUAAUUCUGCAGAACUAGAAGUAGCUACGCAUAAUUUAGUACAAUUAGACGCUGAAAGCAAUAGCAGAAGUUCGAUAAUGCAGGAAGAGGAGCAGUACAAGUUUGAAAUAAAGCAACAACGUAAACGUAAACAUUCUCAAGCACAAAAUGAGAAAAAACAAAAAAUGAUCUUUCAUCAAAUCUCCGUAUCGCCAAACAACACAGAUGGUGAACAAGACAAAGAAAUCGAGGAUGUUGAAAUGAUCAAUACAAAUGCUAUUACAAAUAAUAAAAAACAUAAAGAUAUUAUGUCGAUAGGAAAUAUUAACAAACAUUUUAGGUUAUUAGAAGCACAUGGAAUCACAAUGAUACCUAUGGAUGAUGAAUCAUCCAUUGUAGAGAAUGCAGUGGAAAGUGGAAGAACAGUAGUUCUGACAGAAGCUGGAAAACUUGCAUUAAAUUUGACGAAAGGUUCGCCAAUUAAACGCCUUCAAGUUGCAUCGCGAAAAGGAACAGGGAGAAAAGUUAUAGCAAUUAGAACAGACCAAAUUCAAUCCAAAAUUUUAAGUCCAAAUUCUAAUACGUCUGCUCUUACACGGGGUCCAAAUAUUUUAAAAAGAUCUGCUGUAGAAAAUAAAGCUGCAAAGUUAUUUGUUACAACAAUCCCUAAUACUACAACGGUACCUACUAUUACUGAAAUUAAGAACUCACUUCCAUUGAAGGAGAAACUUGUGAGUUUUCCAACUAAGAUCGCAGAAUCAACAGUGUUACAAUUGAACGAUGAUAUAGAAGAAGUAAUUGAAGAUGAUCCGGGAAACAGCGAGCCAAUAACAGAUGUAGCGAUAUUAAGCAGACAAUUAGCAGAAGCGCGAAGACAAGCCGCCGAGUAUCGUAAACAAUUGCAAGAGAAAGAGAAAGAAGCGGAAAGAUAUAAGCAACAACUCAAGAACAUCACAGCGCAAAUAGCAUCUAAGUGAUUUUGUACAGGUAUUUCAUAUUUGGUUUUAUAGUUUACAAAUCAAACUUGUUUCUUCAUACAAAGACAUUUUGAAAUUUUGGUGAUUACAGCAAAUUUUAUCAUAUUGCCGAGUCCAGAAAUAAUCAUAAUAUGAAUCUUCUUUUUCUAUUUUGAUAUAUUUUGUUUCCAUAAGUAACGGUCUGCUAUUUCAUUACUAACACAAUUUUAUAAUGAAUAGUUAUAGAAAACUGAUCAUUUUUCACAUCCUGAUAAAAUGUUAAUGUCCUUUUUUGUAUUUUAAUAAGCAUGAGUUAUUUCUAUUCAGUGAAUACUGUAAAACAUAAAAAUAAUUUUUGGUAGAGUUUAAUCUCUGCCUAAAUUUUUUUAGUCAAGAACAUUUACAGUUUGAUAUAUAUCAAAUGUUACAUAUAAGUUAUACAGCAACUGUAUAUUUAUAUAAAUUACUUUGCUUUCCACACAAUGUAUCAAAUUUAAGCUAUUUAAUAUCAAUUCUGCAGACAGAGCAUAUUAAAUAGCAUAAAAAUUUUAAAUUAGGUAACAAAUAGCUAAAUAUUAAAUAACAAUUGUGCUACAUUGACUCAACAUUUCUAAAAUGAUUCUUUAACUAAAUUUAAUUUUAUUAGAUUAAAUUAUUUGAAUCAUUUAUUUCUUCGAAAAAGAAAUGUUUCUCAUCUUUUCUUUGAAAUGUUUAUCACUCUUAAUCCAAUACAUAUCUUAAGAUCAUCUGUACAAAAUAUAGGUCUUAUUCUCUUUGUAAUAAAUGUAUAUAAAAUUCAUUUUUAUAUGAAAAGAAUGAGAGAGAUAAUUAGACGAUUAUUGUUUCCUCUCCAUUAUUCAUUCAUUACUAGAAUCACAAUGUUGAGAUAUAAUAAGUUCUAUUUAGAUGAGGAUGUUGAUUGUGUUCAGUCACUGUUCAACAUUCAUCGGAUAUGUAGUCAUUUUUGUGUGCAGUAUCAGUUAUUAAGUAAUGAUAAAAGAUGCGUGAAACUCAGCACAAAUAUUAGUGCCGUUAAUGGUUUGUAUAAACCAUGAUCUAUUUUAUACAUAUUGUACUUUUAUAAAUAUGCAAAUUAUGCUUCUAUGAAUAUUGUUACAAAUUGAUUAUUAUCAAACAUUGAAAUAUAAAAUGAAAUAUAACAUGUUUUCAAAGUUAUUAAA